AAACUUUAGGAUUUUUUAAAAUUAUGGCAUUUCAAAACCAGAAAAUGGAACUAUUACACGGGAAUAUUAUUUUUUACCUUCUUAUUUUGUGGAUUUUUAUACAUUCAGGUGUUUUCAUUCCAAUGGCUGCCGGUCAAGGAGGGGGCGGUGAUGGAGGAACAGGCGGUGGUGGCAGCAACACAGGAACUGGAAGCAGCGCAGCCAGUGACCUGCCUGUCAUUAUCAAACAGCCGGAUGAUGUCUACUACGUGCUGAGGCACAAGCCGGCACUGGUCAGCUGUCAUGUGAAGGGUGCCACUGACGUGCAAUUCAAGUGCAGUGGACAGGUGGUGCCUUUACGCAGCAUGUCCAAAGUGGAGGUGACAGACCCAAAAAGCGGGGACAAGUACUUGAUCACCAGCAUUGAAGUACCCCGUGAGGAGGUGGAGGCCUAUUUUGGCAAAGAUGAUUACUCAUGUAACUGCCAUGCUUGGAACAGGAAGUCAAAGACAGCACCAGGCACAGCAGUAAUCAGCAAGGAAGGUAUUAUCCGGAAGUCCUAUCUAAAGAAAAGAUUUUAUCGUGAACCCAUUAGCACCUUCGUGAAAGUAGAAGACACAACACAGUUAGAAUGUCUGCCACCCGAAGGGGAUCCAAUGCCUGAAGUAUUUUGGCUGAAGGAUGGUCAGUUGGUAGACUUUGUGAAAGAUGACAACCUCAUUAAUUCCCAUGACAACAGUCUCAUUAUAAACCAGGCCCGUCUCUCUGAUAUGGGCAACUACACAUGUGGAGCACAGAAUCUUGCCAGCAAACGCCUUAGUGUGCCUGCAACGCUAACAGUCUUUGUAAACGGAGGCUGGUCAUCUUGGAGCCAGUGGACAGAGUGUUCGGUGAAGUGUGGUCGAGGGAUACAGAAGAGGAUGAGGUCCUGUUCCAACCCAUCACCCUUGAACGGAGGAAUGAACUGUCAUGGAGACACCACCCAGAAGACAUCUUGCAAUGCACUCUGUCCAGUGCAAGGAGCAUGGUCCACCUGGUCGUCAUGGUCGACCUGUAGCCCGGACUGCGUACACCACCGACGUAGGUCAUGUGAUAACCCGGAACCUACAUAUGGGGGUCAAUAUUGUGACGGCAGCGACUUGGAUUCCAACAAUUGUACCAGUGGCAUGUGUCGAGAUGGAGGUAUAUGGUCUAUAUAA